AUGGAUGACGCAGAAACGCUAGACAUCAAUAUCUUCAUUCAGUCGGUUCUCGAGGGCAUACGCCGGGAACUUGAAAAGCGCCUGGAUUGCCCGGAGGAUGAGAAAGAAGACUGGCUUUUGCAGUUGGCAGAGUCGGAGCUGACAGACGAGUAUGUGGAGGAUAAGGAAAUCAAUACCCUCACUUCCCUUCUCACAAACUAUGUCGUCGAUUACCCUUGGAUUUAUGACCCCAGUAGGGCCAGUACUGUGAACCAGCUUGUAGAUGGCUCGGAGCCAGUCAGCAGUAGGAUUGAGAAUAUCAAACACUUGGACUAUGCAUUAGGAUUGGCAGUCAAUUUUCUUUUAAGAUCACAAGAAUACUGUGAGCGAGCCCUGAAGAGUCUCCAGUCACAUAUCAAAGAAGGUGGUCAUAUCAAUAUUCCAUACCUGCGCCUAAAUCCGGCAUUGGAUGGCAGCUUGGCGGAGGGCAAGUAUAUUGUGAUGGCUGCAAUCAAGUUAAACACUAUCAAGGAUCUCAUCACAGCCUACAGAUUGACUGAGAGCACAUUACGGUUUCCGGCUCCUGCUACAAUUAUGCCUGAGGCUUUCGGCCGGUGGCUUCUAGGCACAAGCUAUUCCUACGAGCUGAACAGUCAACAAGACAUCCUAUCACAGACAGUGAAAGCUCUCAAACGGAUAUUCGACGACCUUAGAAUGGGAAUUUUGCUUGAAUAG